CCACAAAUGUCCUCUAAUCUCUCCGCCUUGCAGCUGGAUUCCCCUUCAAAUCUGGAGGGCCUCCCUCUCGAGCUAUUGGAAGAGAUUCUUUCACACCUCCAUACCCCCACUAUCAAACAACUUUCCUUGGCAUCCUCUACCCUCCAUAGCGCAUGCUUUCCCUAUUUCUUUCGCAACUUAGCCUUGCACGGAUCCUUCGGUCCUGCCACCAAGUUUCUUGCCGACUUCGAAAAACGCGUUCCCAUUUCUUGCUUGCGCACGGUCUGGUUAGAAUGGGUGAAAGAGGAUGUCUCAACCGCUAUUUUUCCGUGGUGCAAAGGUGUUCAUAGCGUGAAAAUCAACGGAAGUUCGGUGGGCAACACGGCGAUUCUGCCUGCGUUAACCUAUCUUACAAACCUCGAAUUGACGAACCUGUCAUUCCCAUGUUUGGCUGACUAUUUUCGGUUGCUGGAGACUCUGCCGUUGACGGUCAAGAGUGUCAAGGUUCGCAUGAUUACGUUUCGUGAGUCGCAGUCGAAUUGGAUUGUUGGUCGUAGGAUUGAGCUGGAGCGGUUGGAUAUUGAUUCGGCUGCUGACUUGGGGCCAUUUCUUAGAGACGACUGCCCAAUUUCCCCAUUUUCUUUACGAGAGGUAUCCCUUCCGUAUUCUUCUGUGAGGGAUCUUGAGGUCUUCCUUCGAAGGAUUCCAAUUUUGCUUGAUCUAUCAAUUAAAAUGGAUAAAUUCGAAGACAUACCAGUUUCUUUCGUUUUUACGAAAUCGAAAGCGCUGUCCAUAAUCGACUGCACUCGGGAUACUUGCUUUCUCAAGAACCUCUUCGCUCCAUCCUCCGAUACUCCAUCACCGUUGGAAUCAUUGAACCUGACAUUUUCUUGCACCCAGUGGGUAUCGCCUCAACAGGUAUCCAGACAUCUUGCCCAGGUGUUUUCACAGCCCCGAUUCCACAACCUGAGGAUGCUUCACCUGAAUAUAGAGAGACCAUUGUUCGGUGUGCUUAAUUCAGAGCUAUCACAGGGAUGGCACGGAUGGGCUAGGAGAUUCGAACUUGAUCUCCAAGCUGUAGGGAGGAUUCCCAGGAUCGCCGUCAGCACCGUAGAACCAUUGGAAACCUAUCGUGGAAAUAACGACGAAAGUACACAAUACGACAGGUUAAAGAGCACAUAUAUUACAUACAAAGAGUUCCAGCAGGCUAUUUAA